AUGAGUGAUCGUCACUCUUCUGAUUUAGUCUCUAUAGACUCAGAGGUUUCGAGAGACCAUGACAAGCCCGUGGUUUUGACCGAAGACAAUCAGGAGAAACAUCAGAAUGAGGGGAGCGGUGCAUCACUAGCAGUUUCCAUGACAAAUCCUUCGUCGUACAAACUUGACAAGUCGAAGAUAGUACCUAGAGAGAAACGGCGAGGACUCUUUUCAAUGUUACUUUUGAUUCCUGAAUACGAUAACCCUCGAGACUUGCCACAGAUGAUAAAAUAUAUUAUCGUGUUUAACGUUGCUUUCUGCGCGAUGAUAGGACCAAUGGGUACAUCUAUUCUUCUCCCAGCCACAAAUAAUAUUUGCGACGAACUGCAUACUUCCGUUACAAUCGUCAACGUCAGUAUUGGUAUUUAUUUGAUCACACUGGGAGUCUUCCCGCUUUGGUGGUCAAGCUUCAGUGAGAGACACGGGAGGCGGUCUAUUUAUUUGGUUAGUUUCAUUCUCUAUUUUGCAUUUACCAUCGGAUGUGCAUUAUCGAAGUCAAUAGGGAUGCUUAUAGGAUUCAGGGUUCUAUCAGGAGCCUGUGCCGCCAGUGUGCAAGCGGUCGGGGCAGGAAGUAUAUCAGAUUUGUAUCCGAUUAAUCAGAGAGGAGCUGCUAUGGGUAUAUUCUAUCUUGGUCCGUUGGCUGCUCCACUCCUGUCUCCGAUUGUUGGUGGUGCCAUUACUUCGAGAAAGAGUUUCGGCUGGAGAGGUACCCAGUGGUUUUUGGUGAUUUUGUCAGGAGUUUGCAUUGUCCUUCUAAUUUUUGCACAGCCAGAGACACUUCGACUACAAGAUAAUAGAGAAGCUAUUCGGAAGAUUUUGAGAGAACGCUUGAAGAAGAAUGCAGAUGAAGAACGAGGGCCUCCAGAGGAUAAUGAGAGGUCAGACGAACAAGUCGAUAGAAUUUUGUCGCGACUUUCUAGACAGCCCUCUAGACUCGAAGAGUCAGACCCAGUGGAUACAGUUACGCCCAUUGGGCGUAUGUCGACUCAUGUUUCUCAAAGCCGGCACCAAGAAGAUUUAGAAAGACUCAGGGUGGAGGUUGAAAAUCUAGAACAGCCAGGGAAGGAGGGAAAGGUUGCAACCUUGAAGCGGACUUUAUAUGUCUACGGUUUUUUGCCAUUGAAGUCUCUUCAUUUUUUGAGAUAUCCACCCGUUUUUCUAGCUAUCUGCUACUCUGCUCCAUGUUUCGCCGUGUUAUACUUUGUCAAUAUGACGCUUUCAUACUGCUAUUCUCGACCUCCUUACAACUUCAACUCCCUUUUGGUUGGUCUGGUUUACAUUCCAAACUCGGUGACUUACAUUAUAGCCUCGAUCUGGGGAGGCCGAUUCACAGACUAUUUACUUGAAAAGAAGCGGCAAAAGUACGGUAUCAUUGCCCCUGAGGCACGUUUUGGUAUCAAUGUCUACUUGGCUGCUGGUAUAUUUCCCUGUUCGCUUCUGAUUACCGGAUGGUGUCUGGAUAAGAAGGAGCACUGGGUUACGCCAUUAGUCGGAACAGCUCUUUUUGGAUUCGCUCAGAUGAUCGUUAUCGGAACUACAGUGACGUACAUUGCUGACUCUCUACCUGGCAGAGGUGCCACGGGAAUUGCAUUGUCCAAUUUUGUCCGGAUGCUUUUGGCAGCAGGCGCUUCCUUUGCCACAGAGCCUUUAAUCAGAGCUUUGGGCACUGGAGUCCUGUUCUCCAUUUUGGCAGGGUGCACUAUCGUUCUCUCCAGCAUUUUGGCUAUACUUAAAUUUCGUGCUGACUAUUGGCGAGAGACGUAUAAUUUGGAGAGACUUUAUGAUAUAGUGGACGAUUCAUAA